AUAUCAUUUGUUUUAGUUUCAACUCAAAGGUCCUUUCUCAAAGAAGAAAGUGUAGAGUAAAAGGCUGCAACUACCUUCCUCUUUUAUAAUUUCCUCUCUCAUCCCAAAAAAGGUCCAUGCCUAGACAGACCUCAUCUUACUCCACCUUCUAUAAAUUUAACACUAGAUUAGAGAGAGAGAGAGAGAUAUCUCCAUCAUCUCCAAACCAUUCAGCUUCACCAUUCCUACCAAACAAACAAGUCAAUUUCCUGCUCGAACUCUGUAAUAAAUUAUCUUUGCCACAAAACCCUUAAAAAGAACAGAUCUUUGUUGCUUCAACGACAAGAUUUCAGCCUCCCAACAGCUUGAACAACAAGCGGUUCCAACGUUUCGGCUGAAAGAGACUUGAAGAAUUUUCUCGAGGGAUAAAUUCGACAAAAAGAAGGGGAAAAAAGAGAGGAAUGUAUGGUGAUUCCCAUGCAUUAUCUUCUGAUCCGAGCCCUAUAUUUCCACCGAAUCGCAAGCAGAAAGAAGAGCAGCAGCAGCUUCCAUUAAUGGAAUCCGACUACCGACAGCAGCUCGCCUGCAGCCAGAACAGUUCUGGGCUGCUGAGAUUUAGGUCUGCUCCCACUUCUCUGCUCGAAAAUUUCACAGACAAGGGUGCGAAAUUGGGGUUUUCGAGAUUCUGCUCCGAUGAAAUGGAUGGCGUGAAUGCGGCGGCUGAAAACGACGACGUUGAUGAUGGUAAGGGUUCCGGUAAUAGAUUUGGAGGUGCGAAUUCGCAGCUGCCGCCGCAGUAUCCGAGGCAAAGUGGAGCUCAAUUGGGGUAUAGAGGUCUGACCUCCAUUGCGCGGGAAAAUCAGGGGCUUAUGCGGCAGAACAGCUCUCCUGCUGGAUUGUUCUCUCACCUCAACUCUCAAAAUGGGUAUUCAGGGGUGAGAGGUGUUGGAAGCUACAGAGUGGGUGGUGAUGGAGAUUUAAGCCCGUCUUCGAAUAGGUUCAAGAACCACAUGAACUGCUCUCGUGUGUCGCCCUCUUCCUUAUCUCGUAUCUCAGAGUUUGAGAGCGAGAAUGCCCUUGUUGAUGAGGCAAAGGUCGGAAAUGGCAGUGGUGAUCACAGUUUAAUUUUCAGUUCUGGAUUCCCAUUUGCUUCUUGGAACGAUUCUUCGUAUUUUGCAGAGAAUUUCAAUAAUAGUGGCAUCAAAAGGGAGCUGGAUUGUGAUCCGAACCUGUUUGUGAAUAAUAAUGAGAGAUGUGAGACUGGAAAUAGGCCAAAUAUUCUGUCACACCACCUAAGUCUGCCUAAGACUUCAUCAGAAAUGGCUGCUAUGGAGAAGCUAAUGCAGCUUCAAGACACAGUUCCUUGCAAAGUUCGUGCCAAGCGCGGCUGCGCCACUCAUCCACGAAGCAUUGCAGAGAGGGUUAGGAGGACUAGAAUCAGUGAGAGGAUGAGGAAGUUGCAGGAGCUUGUUCCAAACAUGGAUGAGCAAACCAACACAUCAGACAUGUUAGAUUUAGCUGUCGAGUAUAUCAAAGCCCUCCAGAAACAAUACAAGACACUUAGCGAUGUUCGAGCAAAUUGCAAGUGCUUAGCCUUUCAAAAGCGUUAGUUUCGGAUCAAGCGUGAUGAUCAAACAGUGGAGGAGAAUCAAAAUCAGAUUUUUAUUUCCCUUUUUGUGGAAUUACAUACUAUUAUUCAGUUCAAGAUACUGGUUAUUUUAGGUAUAUGGCAACUGUACAGGGAUGUCUUUACCAAUUCAUGUUAGUACGAAUUAUUAUUAUUAUUAUUAUUAUUAUUAUUAUUAUUAUUAUUA